AAUCCUCUGUAUCCCCGUUUUGCCCCGGCUAGCUGGCUCCUCCCGUCCUUCCAACCGUUUCGUUAUUCUUCUCCCAUCCCAUGACUCCGGAUCACAUUAUAAUAAUCUCCUUCCUGUGAAACGACAGCUCCGACUCUCACCCGCGCCGAUAUUUUCUCCGAUCAUCGCCCACCUCCCUCCCCUCUCCUCUUUGCCCCUCUCUCUUCAUCGAAGAAUCCGAAGAAGAGUGGGAGUUUUAGGGCUUCUAAUUCGGUGGUGUUCUCGAGUUGCUUUCGUGCUAGGGUAUUUGCUUCUAAGGAGAGAGAGAGAGAGAGAGAGAAUUAGGUAAGGAGGGGAGGAGGAGGGAAGGAUGCGUCCCAGCUUUGGCCAGAGUUGUCUCGCCGUCCUCCUCAAGUUCUUCAACUUCUUGCAGACCUUCGUCGGGAUCUCGAUAUUGAUCUAUUCGGUAUGGGUACUGAAUCGCUGGAACCGGCGAGGGCUCGAUCUCGAUCUCGAAGGCCUCCCGGCUCCUUGGUUUAUAUGCGCUAUAAUGGGUGCAGGGGUUUUGCUGUGUCUGAUUGCUUUCACAGGACAUAUCGCUGCUGAAGUUGUUAACGGCUGCUGCCUCUGUUUCUUUGCAGUAUUGACUAUCAUACUUAUUUUAUUAGAAGCAACUUUAGUGAGUAUUCUCGUGUUCGACAAACAUUGGGAAGAGAAUCUUCCAUAUGACUCUACUGAAGAACUGAAAAGGUUUUGUGCAUUUAUAAAAGAGAAUAUGGAUAUAUGCAAGUGGGUUGCUGUAACUGUGAUUGUUAUUCAGGCACUCUCCCUUCUUUUGGCAAUGAUUUUGCGUGCCAUGGUUCCAGCUAGAAGAGUAGACUAUGAUAGUGAUGAAGAUUUCGUAGUUAUAAGGAGGCCACUUCUAGACCCACAAGGUGGCUCUAGUUAUGCUUCAACUUCUGUUGGCGGCAAAGGUUUUCACUCAGACUUCUGGAGUUCACAAAUGAGACAAAAGUAUGGAUUGAACCAGAGUGAGUUCUCAUACAAUGGCGUGGAUCAAAAAGCACCGUCUGCAAAUGGCAACAGUGACAACAGAAAGCAGUGCUCCAUCUUGUGAGCAUCGGACACAAACCCACUACUGUUUGCAAGCAUCUUUUGUCAUUAGAACGGUUUGAACCCUUGUAGUAUAAUCGUUCUCUAUAUAGCUGGGGUGCUGGGGACGGCACCUUCCACGGGGCUGUAAAUAUCAUGCUGUUAAUAUCUUGUCAUAUUGUUUAAUAGGCAUAUAUUAAUCUCUGGGUGCACAUGUGGGACCCUAUGUUCGGUUGGUAUCACAUUUUAUGAUUUCAAACGACGAUUGGACCA